GCGAAUCAUCGCCUGAUGCUGCGGAGAGAUGAAUUGCAGAUGAGUUUCUUUUCCAYCUUUGGAUGAAUCUCUGGAGUUUAAAUUGUAGCAAGGAAGCGGGAAAAAUACACAAUGAAAGAGAAGUCCAAAAAUGCUGCCCGGACUAGACGGGAGAAAGAAAACAGUGAAUUUUAUGAACUGGCUAAAUUACUACCCCUGCCCUCCGCUAUCACCUCACAGCUGGACAAAGCAUCCAUAAUCAGACUCACCACCAGCUAUUUAAAAAUGAGGGUGGUUUUUCCAGAAGGWCUUGGAGAAGCCUGGGGUCACUCCAGCCGAACCAGCCCGCUGGAUAAUGUUGGAMGGGAAUUGGGAUCCCAUCUUUUGCAGACAUUAGACGGUUUCAUAUUUGUCGUGGCUCCAGAUGGCAAGAUCAUGUACAUCUCGGAGACUGCCUCGGUGCACCUGGGCUUGUCGCAGGUAGAGCUGACCGGCAAUAGCAUUUACGAGUACAUCCACCCCGCCGACCACGACGAGAUGACGGCGGUGCUGACGGCACACCAGCCUUACCACUCGCACUUCGUGCAGGAGUACGAGAUCGAGAGAUCCUUUUUCYUGAGGAUGAAGUGCGUCCUGGCCAAGAGGAACGCGGGCCUGACCUGCGGGGGCUACAAGGUCAUUCACUGCAGCGGGUACCUGAAGAUCCGCCAGUACAGCCUGGACAUGUCCCCCUUYGACGGCUGCUACCAAAACGUUGGCUUGGUCGCCGUGGGCCACUCGCUGCCGCCCAGCGCCGUGACGGAGAUCAAGCUCCACAGCAAUAUGUUCAUGUUUCGGGCCAGCCUAGACAUGAAACUCAUAUUCUURGAUUCCAGGGUAGCCGAGCUAACAGGUUACGAGCCCCAGGACUUGAUAGAGAAGACCCUUUACCACCACGUCCAUGGCUGUGAYACCUUUCACCUGCGUUGUGCACAUCACUUGUUGCUGGUGAAAGGGCAAGUGACCACCAAGUACUACCGCUUCUUGGCCAAGCACGGCGGCUGGGUUUGGGUGCAGAGCUACGCCACCAUCGUGCACAACAGCCGCUCCUCCCGCCCGCACUGCAUCGUCAGCGUCAACUACGUGCUCACGGAUACUGAAUAUAAAGGACUCCAGCUCUCCCUGGAUCAGGUCACUGCUACCAAGCCGGCAUUCUCAUACGCAAAUUCAACUCCGACCAUAACGGAUAAUAGAAAGGGAAGCAAAUCUCGCCUCUCGAGCACAAAGUCAAAAUCAAGGACAUCACCAUACCCACAGUAUUCUGGAUUUCACACGGAGAGAUCCGAGUCUGACCACGAGAGCCAGUGGGGUGGGAGCCCACUGACCGAUACGGCUUCUCCCCAGCUCCUGGAGCCUGCGGACAGGCCGAGCUCGCAGCACCACGACGUUUCCUGCGCCUACAGACAGUACUCAGACCGCAGCACGCUCUGCUACGGUUUUGCGCUGGACCACUCGAGGCUGACUGAUGACAGGCAUUUCCACACUCAGGCCUGCGAAGGGGGCAGAUGCGAAGCUGGCCGCUAUUUCCUUGGCACGCCGCAGCCGGGGAGGGAGAGCUGGUGGGGUUCUCGUGCGGCACUGCCUCUGACUAAGUCAUCUCCUGAGAGCAGGGAAGCGUACGAGAACAGCAUGCCCCACAUAACAUCAGUGCACAGGAUCCAUGGAAGGGGACACUGGGAUGAGGACAGUGUCGUUAGCUCACCCGACCCUGGCUCUGCCAGYGAGUCAGGCGACCGAUACCGUACUGAGCAGUAUCAGAACAGCCCACAUGAGCCCAGCAAAAUCGAAACUCUAAUAAGAGCCACCCAGCAAAUGAUUAAAGAAGAAGAAAACAGGCUACAGCUGCGGAAAACCACUCCUGACCCACUGGUCUCCAUCAAUGGCACGGGGAAGAAGCACGCUAUCUGUUUUGCCAGCUACCCUCAGCAGCAGUUGGCAGCGGACGUCUGCCGCGUCCCGACGGUUGCCAACACUCCUCCCUGCGAACACAUCCAGCAGCGAGACGGAAAGAUCAUGAGCCCGCAUGAAAAUGACUAUGACAACAGCCCCACGACACUGUCUAGGAUAAGUAGCCCCAAUUCUGAUCGAAUAUCAAAGUCUAGUUUGGUACUGGCUAAAGACUACCUGCAUUCAGACAUGUCCCCUCAUCAAACCCAAGGAGACCACCCAGCAGCCUCUCCAAAUUAUUACAGCUCCCACAGGCAGUAYUUUGAUAAGCAUGCUUACACGCUAACUGGAUAUGCCCUGGAGCAUCUAUAUGACASUGAAACAAUUAGAAACUAUUCACURGGCUGCAAUGGAUCCCACUUUGAUGUGACUUCUCACUUAAGGAUGCAGCAAGAUCCAGCACAAGGACACAAGGGAACAUCUGUUAUAAUAACCAAUGGGAGCUGACACUUUUUUUUCUAAAAACUUUUGUGCUUWAAAAAAUAACCUUUGAGAUCUAAUUGGAGGAUAUUUUAUGUUUUCAUGCCCUUGUCCUUACCAGCAUUUCAUAUACCACAGUGCACUAGAAAGAGGAACCUAAGGUUUGGGGGGAUAAGCUAGUUAACAUGCAUUACUGAAAAUAAAAAUGCACUGGCAUGCAGGGUUAGAGUGAAUGGARCUAAACUCAAAGUCAGUGCCAUGCAUGCUGAGAAGGAUAGAAGAGGUCCAGGCAGGGAGUGCUUGUGGCAGGCUGACAGAGCAGUUUAUCCACAUUGUGUAAGAGGUGUUGCUUGGAAACACUGCCAAGGGCAGAUCUUCUGAACUGCAUAGGUACCAGCCAACAGAACUGCUAUGCACUCUUUUUACACAGGAAGCUGGGAUGUGUUCCUUCAAAAUACACACAAAAAAGUGUACUUCUGGUGAUUUGUUUAUUCCCCAAAGGCCAAGCAUGUUAUGCUCCUGUAUGGUAUAAAGCAUCCAUGGCUGGCUAAUAUAAAAUCAAAAAAAGGGAGAAAGAAGAGAGAACUCCUCGAAUUGCCAUGUCCUUGUGUACUCACAAACAUAGCUAUUUACAUAUGCUUGAUUUGAAAAGAGUCCUUAUGAUUAGUAUGGUCAAAUAUUUACUUCUACUGCAUUAAAAAGAGAGGGGUGUUCUCACUGUAGUUUUGAAAAAUCCAAAGGCUUGCUUGUCUUGCUGUGAAGAUGGGAGAUGGUUCUCAUGUUUUUGAAAGGUUGCCCAUGGCAGGUAGUGGAGUGAAAUGGAAGAAAAUUGCCUGGAGAAACAGGAAGAAUAGACUGAAAUUAGCAGUGGUCCAAGAUAAACAGUUAACCCUGUAGCUAUGUAUCCCAUUUAGUAAUAAUAAUAACAUAAGGAAAAGGAGUUGAAUAAUUAAGAAUUAAUUUGAAACACAGAAGAAGCUCAAUAGAAUCAUAGAAAUAUUGCUGUAAAAUAUAAAUGCAAUUGCAUAAAUGUAAAAACAAAUGAGUCAAGAAUAGGUAAAAACUGCUUGGUGGUUUGUCUAACUUCUGAUAAGGUUUUGGAGUAAAUUAAGAGCAUAUAGAGAAUGGUAACUACUCUGUCUGAAACAUGGUAAAGUAAUAGGCAUGACUUUGAUAAAGAAAUAUGAAUUCUUUUCUUGAUUGCAGCAGAUAAUUUAAUGAAUAUCAGAAAAUACUAAGGACAUCAAAAUCAACCAUAUGUACCUAAAAAAGUACAGAGGGAAAUCAGUGUUCCAAGGAAUAAAAUUGUAUUAAGAAUGCUGGUAUUAUCAGGGCUUGUCCUAGAGUUAUAUAAGACAUCAAAAGAGGCAGAGAAACUUUUWAAAAUUUUUAAUAACCUCAUGAACAAAGAGACUGAUUAAUUGGAAAAGAAUAAAUAAAGAACAUAUGCUAAAAAUGCAAAAUAGGGCAUUUGUAGGCACAAUUGCUAGACUUGUACUUUUUUGCAUGGCAUUUAUAUGGUCCCAAGGUUGACUGCAACUGACCACCKCUCCCUCUUAUGCCAAUGUGGAGGAAAGGGGACCUGAGGUGAUUACUAAAAUGUGAUUAGCUCUAAGACUAGCUUCAUUUGUAACAUUCAGAAGCUCAACAUAUGGGAUUGAGUCAUCAAUGGGACUAAAUAUAAACCAGCAUGCUAYGGGUGGGUUAAAAAUACUGUUUCCAAAUAAAACUAAUCAGAAGCAAAAGCUAAAUAAUAAUAUUACAAACCACGUAAGUAGAGACGUACUUGAAAGCAGAGGAAAUUACCUCUCUGAACUUGGAAUACUGUGCAUAGUCCUGAUCACUCCAAGGCAGAUUGUGAAUCUUGAAUUGAGUAGUACCUUACUCCAUAAGCGACCUUUGUUGACUGCAGUGUGAUCGCUCCUGGUGAAAUGCACGUUGAACACAAGGGAGAACAACACAGUCUGGUCUUUAUUAUCUAAACCUCGUAACAGAAAAGGUGGAGCAGAGCUCAGCAAAAGACAAAGAGGCUGAAAGAUCUAAUAAAAGCUUUAAAUAAACUGGGUCUGUCAUCUUUGUAAGGGAAAGGAGUAAGGGGUAAUGUCACUGAUGUGCACCAAACUCUGCACAGAGGAGAGAUAAAUAAUGGUCUAAAACUAUUUGAACUCCUGGCAGAAAUGAGAGACAGGGCAUUGAAUGAUAGCCAAGGCAAAAUGAGAACAAAAAGAUUUGGCAAGAAGUUUAUUUGACCCAUUGCCAAAUGGAUAAUGAAGGUCAUAAAGUGCAGCAGUUCGACUUUUUUUGUUUGUUUGUUUGUUUUAAGAUAACAACAAGGCAAAUAGUUGAGGGGAAGAAAAACACUGACAMCUGUUAACUCAGAGGAAGAAAUGGACCAAAAUGGACUUCUUUCAGCCCAACAAUUGUAUAUAUUCCUAAAGCAUAGGAAUAAGAAAGUAUUUUUGAUAAAUUUAGUUCUGGWUACAUAUUUAUUUCACUUGUUCCUAUGAGUAAUAUGAAUAAACUUGUACUUSGAGUCUCAUUUUACAGUAUUAAAAUACAUUUUGCAAAGCAAAAUAGAUUAGAGGUACAUGGUAUCAUAUUAUCCCUACAAGUACAUAUAAAACCACAUCUAAGUGUUAAUAUUAUUUUGUAUUACAGAAGAGUCUCCUAAACUGUUUGAAUGAAAUGGGGUUUUCUCAGCACUGAAGUUUCUUGGGAUCACCAAGAACKCUUUACUAUCAAGCUUUUAGUUAGAAGGCAACAGAGUUCGGCAGAUCCCCUGCAGUUCUCUGCCUGGGGUCUACUAGCCACAAGUAGUCAGGAAACCAAGCCUUGGUGAUGGUUGCAUUUGCAUUCUGACAGGCACCUUUGAAAAAUAGAAGACCGAUAAAACAAUCAGGCACAGAAUAAGGUGCUUGUACGCUGUAUGACGUCACCCUGGAAAAAAAGCCAGUGUGCUAUGCAAUAAAAGUUCCCCAUCCUCAUUUACAGUAAUCCCAAAAUAAGACUUCCAAAACUAUAGUUAUUUAUCUUUUUGUGAUCGUUCUAGUCCACUACAAAUGCAAAAAUGCACUGUAAUGAAUGGAAUAAAUCAGUAGAGAURUCUCUACAUGCAGCCAUGUUGUGCUACAAGCAAAGGCUGAUGCUCUCUCUCCUCAUGGGAUUACAGCAACAACACUUCAAUACAGUGUGCCAGAGAUGGAUGUCUUUUGUCAGCUUGUUUGCUAUCCUGCUUCUUUACAUAGCCAGGAAUUUCUUUUUAAUUGACAGAAAGCAUUGAGUUUUGCAAACAUAGACUUUGUAUGCUACACAAAAGCAAGUCUGCAAUCUUAAUUAUAGCAUAUAAUAUCACUGCAGCUCAUAUUACAUGUGCUUUUCAAUAUGGUAUAGAGCUUAUUUUUUCCAUUACAUAUUUAUGUAAUUCAAAUUUUCAUUUAGUAUCCUUCAAGGAUAUAUUGUUUUUUUUUAUGUUUCUUCCUUUUUCAAAUCAGAUGGGAAGAAAUAUCUUGCAAAAUUGAAAAAUGCAAGGCAUUUGAACCAAAUAAGUUUCAAAUGUAUUGCAUUAUCUAAAGGUUAUCACUUUAAAUAAGGUAUGUAUGUUGUGUUUUGGAACAGAAACAAUAUAAAUUGCAUCAUUUCUCUGACAAUGCUGGUUUGCUAUUAACAUGAUAUUAAUAUUUUUACAAUUAAUGCAAAAACAGAGUGACCACAGCUCUUUCRAACCAUUUCUUAUUGAUGUCAGUGGAUGGCACAUUAUGGUUUUUGUGCAUUACAAUUUUAGUAUAUCUCUUUUGUUUUAAGAAAUAAAAAGCCCUCUAGUCUUUACAUGAAAUCACACCCCAUUGGCAUAGAGUUUGUGACUUUGGAUGAAUUUACAAAGYAAUUCUUAAAUUAAAAGAACCUUACUUGGCAAUUUUUCCCAUUGAUUCAAAUGGGAAUAUUUGUGGAGUAAGGUACUGCUUAAUAUGUGCAAGGGAAAGAAAGCUGACUUGUGAUAAUAGGUUUGGGKUUUGUUUUGAAAUUCCUUUUUCCUUAAAUCUCAAUGUGUGAAUAUGGAACCAUGGAAGAUAAUAGCUCUAUGGCUGUAUUUCUAUAAAAGAGGUUAUUUGUGUUUUAAAAAAAAAUGAAUACAUCUCUCCCAACUGAAGAGCCCCAGAAUUAUUUCUUCAGCUUUAAAUGGCUUUUGUUGAUGUGUCUGMAAUAUUGCUGUGGGUUACACAGUGAAAUUCUGCUCUUUUAAUCUCUUUUAAUCACUGUUAUCUGAAUCUCAUUUUUGUCUCUGCACAUGCAGCAUUUUUCCAUCAAUGUCCCUAAGUAUGUUAACCACCAUAUGUUCAUUCAUAUGAGCAUGCUGAGUGAGUUGGAAAAAAAUAAAAKGUCCCAUAGUAUUUCUGGAAAAGGCACAGCCACCCCAGAAAAUCAGCCUGGCUGCAAAYCAGCCUUUUCCAAAGGUCAGAUAACCUUUCAGUCACGGAACAGAGCUGUGCCAUACGCAUUGGUUUCAAAUCUUCUGCAUACAAACCUGUAUGUAAUGAGGAUUACAGCACACAGUUCCAGGAUUAGACCUAGCUAUGUCUAUUUUAAGGUGGCUAUAGUUAAUAUCUGGCAGCAAACAGAUUCAGGCUCUGGUGUUUCCAUGAGUUCCAAGUUUACUUAAGCACCUAAGAGCCUAAAAGCAAUGCAGGUUUUGUUAUUAGGAACRAUGGUGGAUGAACAUCCUUUCCUGUAGGUGUACUGGCUUAACUCCAGAUAGCUCCACAGUGUGGUGAAGAACCUAUUUUAUUUAAUUUGCARUUAGUAUUGAUGGUUAAAUAUUUCAGCUGUGUGCACUGAGAAGCAAAAAAACCCCAAACCAAUUAAAACCUUAACUAACCCCCAAAACAGCAACAAAAAAAAAAAGCAAAUCAACCCCCCUCAGAUUUCUGUAAYCCUUCGGUUUGGUGUUUUUAAAGUCUGCUAGAGGUGCAGCUGAGGAUUUAGCUGUUAUUUUGUAGACCAAAAAAUGAAAUAGUCUUCUGUUCAGAAAAGUGACAGCACUAGUGUGAUUCCAUUUCACAUUUCCUUAGGGUAUUUAUUAGUGAAAAAGAAAUGGUGUGAGGUUAAACUUCACUGUGGCAUUUAGCUUAUGUAURCAAGAGUUCUGUAGAUAAAUCUGGCUCUAAGUUGUUAGGAAUACAUCCCUUUUUGAAAAGAGUUAAUUUAUGACUCCAUCUAUGAAGCUGUAUUUGAAAGGAAAGAUCAAAUACAGGAUGAAAAAAAGCUUUUUGUCUGGUUGCAUCCGCUAUUGAACUCCUGGCUCACACAAAGUUCUCAAUCUUUCCUGUUGUUCUGGGAUUCCAAAUGCCAUUUUAAAUACUUUUAUUUAUUACAAUUUGGACUGCAUUAAUUUUUUUUUUUCCUUUUCAGCUACUGAUACAGUGGGAAGUUACAAAAUGCAAGAAACAAUCUUUUUCACAUAAUAGAAAAUGUUAGCACUUUUACAUUCUAAGGAAAAAAAAUCUAUUAGAAAAAGUAUUUUUAGGGCACUGCAACUUUUUCCCAAGGUAUAUAUUUCAAUGCAUAAAAUAUACUAAUUUAACAAUAAAAAAAGCACUUGAGACAUGAUGAAGAUAUUUCAUGUUUGCUUUAAACCAAUGGUUACUUUUCUGGAAAAAAAGACACAGAUUGCCAGUGUUUCAAAUACCAUGCUUUGCAAUGUAAAGGGUCUAGUGGCAUUGUAGCAUAACAUCUGUAGUUUUCCUUUGGAAUGUAAUGUAGAAAAUAUAAUUUAGCUAUGUCAACAAUAUCUUGCAAAGUGUUCCCAUUUAUAAUUAUUUAUAUUGUAAAUAGCUUUCUGAAGUAAAUUUGAAGUUAAU